CCUUCAAACCGGAAGUAAGACAUUGCUUUCGAUUGCAGCAUGAGUAGCAUGCCUUGAAAGUAAAAGAUAUUCAAUUUGUUGAAUGACAUUGUCAGUAAAUAUACAGACGAAGUUCGUCGCUCCUUAAAGACCUGCUUCUAAACGAAAACAGUUAUUGUGCACAGCUCUGAAAUAAAUCUAGACUUCCAGGACCACAACAGCUGCAUAAGGAAAAUAUUUUCACUUCAAGAAAAGGAAUGGCACUUGUAGAAACAGACACAGAGAAAGUUGUCAUUGAAGACGAUAAAGAGGGAAAGAACAUUACAGAGGAACAGAUUAAAAGUAUGGAAGUUGACAACAAAGCCAAUACAACAAUGAAUGACAACAAGCAGAAUGAAGAUGCCAAACAAGAAUCCACAGAGCCUGCAGGGAGAGUGGAAAAGCCUGGUUUCGCAAGGAUCAAGGCAGAGUAUGUUCUUGUCAACCAUAAACCGGAGUUGGUGACAGAAUAUAUAUCCAAGGAAACUAAAGAACAACUAGAGCAAGGGCAAAAACGUAAACAAGAAGAAAACGAAGGACAACCCAAGAAAAAAAUGAAGGUGAAGGGGCGUAAUAAACAACGUCCAGUGACCCAUAUAAAACCGAAGGACAAGUUAUGCCCCACCAUAUCUAAGGAAAAAGAGUGUAGCUUUGGAGAGAAAUGCAAGUUUUCACAUGAUAUAAAAACCUUCAUGGAGUCAAAACCCAAAGACAUUGGCCCCAAUUGUUAUAUGUUUGAGACGUACGGGAAAUGUCCAUAUGGGAUAGCAUGUCGAUAUGGUAGCAAGCACAUAUCUGAGGAUUACAAGAAUAUAAUCAAUGAAGAAUUGUACAAGGAGAAAUCUAAGGUGAAAACUGUCCUGAACACCCUGUCCAAAGAUCUCCAGGUUACUUUGUGGAAGAAGAGAUAUAAUUUUGAGAAGGCCAAUGAAAUUGUCAAACAGGUGCAGAAAAGGGCCCAGGAGAAACACGACACCUUCUCUAAACUGUGUGCUGCCAAACAGGAGAGCAAGGAGUCAAAGAAUGCUGAGGAAGCCUCUAGUACUACUGCAGAGAUUAGGGAUGAAUCAGAGGGGGUGAUCAAACUUCGAGCUCAAGAAACCAAAAAGAUAGAUUUCAGCUCAAAGAACUACCUGGCUCCACUCACUACAGUGGGUAACUUCCCCUUUCGGAGGAUCUGUAAGGCCUAUGGAGCGGACAUCACCUGUAGUGAGAUGGCAAUGUCCUUAAACCUUCUUCAAGGUCAGGCCUCCGAGUGGGCAUUGUUAAAGAGGCAUGAAAGUGAGGAUUUGUUUGGGGUUCAGAUUUGUGGUGGUUUUGCAGACACACUAACAAAGUGCUCACAGCUGAUCAAUGAGAAUGUAGAACUAGAUUUUCUGGAUCUUAACUGUGGCUGUCCUAUAGAUCUGGUGUACAAGAAGGGGGAAGGGUGUGCUUUGAUUGGUCGACUUAACAAGUUUGAGCAGAUUAUCGCGGGGAUGAGAUCCGUACUGGACGUUCCACUGACCGUUAAAAUGAGGACGGGAAUAUUUGACAACAAGAACAUUGCCCACACAGUCAUACCCAAACUGAGAGAUUGGGGGGUCUCCAUGGUAACA